AUGAUGGUUGGUGGUAGGACCGUUGCAGGCGCGUCUUCAUCUGUGGGUUCGGUCCCAGAAUGGAGCUUGGAAAACUUUCUUCAACACCAUCCAGUCAGGUUUGAUGGGAAGUGUAGCCCGAAUGAAGCUGAUCAUUGGUUUCAGGACAUGGAGAGAAUUUACCAUGCCAAGAGGUGUCCAGAUGAGAACAAACUGGCAUAUACUGAGUACCUGUUGACUGGGGAAGCAGGCCACUGGUGGAGCAGCAUGAAAAUGAUUAUGGAAGGGAGUGAAACUCCUAUUACUUGGGAGUUGUUCAAGGAGAAGUUCUACACUGAGUAUUUCCUUGACAGUGUGAGGUAUGAUAAGGAGAUUAAAUUUCUCCAGCUGGUACAACGAAAUAUGCCUGUGGCAGAGUAUGCAGACAAGUUCAAGCACUUACUCCGAUUCUACACCAUGACUAUGGAUGAAGAGUGGCAGUGCAGGAAGUUUGAAAAUGAUCUAAGAGGAGACAUCAAACUGUUGGUGAAAGGACUGCGUAUCAAGGAGUUACCUACCUUGGUGGAGAUGACCCAUGUGAUGAAGAAGACCAAAAAGAAAGCUGAAGGACAACAGAGUCAGUCUAUUAGAAAUAGGGAACCAUCUGGGUCCCGUAGUGGAUUUAAUUCCAAAAGGGCUCAUUACCCUAAACCACCGUCCUCUUUUGAGUCUAAGGCUCCUUACUAUAUAUACUAG